GGAGCGGGAGCGAGCGGCGCCUUCACCCCCCCCCCCCCUCCUCACCCCCCGGAGCCGCCUCGUCCGUCAGCAGCGGAGCUCGGCCCUGGGUCGCCGCCACCGCCGCCGCCGCCGCACACAGGUAAGAGGAGAAAAAUUGAUGGCAUGCGGACUGCACGCUGCCAAAUUAUAUCAACGUUUAUACUACGUAGAAACAGCCCACAUCACUCUCAUUGGAUACUCAGGACAGGAAAUGACCUAGAAGCAGCAGCAAUACGUUAGUGCUUCCCUGCUUCAGCCAGCCGCCCAGUACAUGAUUAAUCUGGACACACCACUUGUUUCCGCUGCUGAGCUCAAACUACCUCAGCAAGAAUAAAAAGCUCGCAGCCUGCAGCAGAGGAGGAGGCGGUGGCGUGUGGAACGUGCACAAGCUGCGGACAGGGCCCUCUGUGAUUAGCUUUAGCGUUAAGGCCGACAGUCUCCAUCCCAGUGAAAUACACUUGACUGACUGAACCCUCUGAAGAGCUUGAACCGUACCCGGGGCACAAGUGACGUGGGCGGCUUUGAGCGAUUUGUCCAAGCACUGAAUAGCUAUUAUUUUAAAUUUAACUUUCGCUGUUGAUCAGUGUCUUAGUCCAUUUUGUAGUUGGAUUUUUUUAGUGUUUGCUUUGUGGAGCCAGUACUGUGUGUCGGAGCAAGCAAGAACAUUCACCAACAUCAUACCACUCCAUUCAAGGCAGGCGGGCAAUCCAGCAGCAGAUCCUACUGGUUAGCUGAAGCCCAUUCGUCCCUCUCCUCUCUGCUAGCUUAUUUCCCACUGUGAAAUGGCACCCACUCUACCAAUUGUUUGCUCCGGCUGUUUUUAUCGUAUUCGUUGGGACGACGUGAAGUGUUAGACUCUUUCUUUUCAUACGUUGCUGGGAAUCGCUGUGAUUAGGAGCAGCAGCUGAUGACUAUACAGGUCCAGCACGGAGCAUCUGUGCAGCUUGGGAACGGCUGCAUUUAUCUCUCCUCACUCGACAGGCUGCAGCGGGGCUGCGCCCAACAUACUACAUAAUUGCAAUUGACCUGAUCCAUAGGUCUCCUGUGCUGACCUGUGGUGAUUUUGUGCACGCAUGCUUGCACUCUGGAGAUAAAGUCAUGCACGUGAGUCUCUACCUUUUGGCAGGACUUUCCGUGCUCAAACUUGUUUGGGAAUUGUGACCGGGAGAACGGAGUUUCUGCGAUCAGACUUCUACUUGACGAAGGACGAGGUGACAGAGGCUUCACUGUCAUUUAUGUAUUGUUGCAGUGCCCAGGAAAAUAAGAUGGACUACAAGCGGCGGUUUCUGCUUGGCGGGUCCAAGCAGAAAGUGCAGCAACACCAGUACCCAAUGCCCGAGCUAGGCAGGACCAUGAGUGCACCCCUGACGUCCCCUGCAGCCACGUCCUCGCUGCCACCCACCGCCCCCAGCAGCUGCCCCAGCCCUACGUCCCCCACCACCCAGAUAGCCGACAUCCAGCAGGGCAUCUCCAAAUACCUGGAUGCCCUCAACGUCUUCUGCCGAGCCAGCACACUCCUCACAGACCUCUUCAGCAGCGUUUUCCGAAAUUCGCAUUAUUCCAAAGCAGCUAUGCAACUGAAAGACGUGCAGGUACAUGUCAUGGAGGCGGCAAGCAGGCUGACGGCCGCAAUAAAGCCGGAGAUUGCAAAAAUGCUGAUGGAGCUGAGUGCAGGCACGGCAAACUUCAAAGACCAGAAUGACUUCAGUCUUCAAGAUAUUGAGGUGCUGGGCCGAUGCUUCCUCACCGUGCUGCAGGUCCACUUCCAGUUCCUGUCGCAGGCGCUGCAUCGAGUCCAGCCUCUCGCACACUCCUGCCUGGCGGAGGCCCAAGCCCAGGAGAGGAAGAACGCCAUGGGCACGGAGCCGGCGAAGGGCAGCCGCGUGACAGAGCUGGAGGAGGCCGUACGAUCCUGGGCAGGGGCCUCUGAGGCCACCUCUCGUCUGCGUGAGAGGGGGAGCGAUGGGUGCCUGGCUGGUAUCGAGGUCCAGCGGUUGAUCUGCACACAGACCACUGCAAUUCCCGAGCAUCAGCUGAAGGAUCUGAACAUGAAGAUCGACAGUGCUCUGCAGGCUUACAAAGUGGCUUUGGAAAGUUUGGGUCACUGUGAAUACGCCAUGAAGGCUGGGUUCCACCUGAAUCCGAAAGCCAUUGAGGCCUCUUUACAGGGCUGCUGCAGUGAGGCGGAGGUGAAGCAGGCAGGGAGACGGCAGUACCCUGCGCAGCCCCUGCAGUGCGAGCUGCCCACCGUGCCUGUACAGAUCGGACCCCACUUCCUCAAGGGCGUCUCCUUCAGCGAGUCUGGAGCGGAGAACCUGAAGCUGAAGAUGCAGGCGAUGGUACAGCUGAUCAAGGAGGCAUCGGGACAGAGCGAUGUGUCGCCUCGUGACGAGCCGCCGACGGAGAUCCUCAACCAGGUGUGCCCGUCCACCUGGCGCGGUGCCUGCAAGACCGCCGUGCAGCUGCUGUUUGGGCAGGCCGGCCUGGUGGUGGUGGACACAGCACAGAUCGAGAACAAGGAGGCCUACGCGCCGCAGAUCAGCCUGGAGGGCACCCGUGUGGUGGUUCAGGUCCCCUCCACCUGGUGUGUGAAGGAGGAUCCCGCCACCAUGUCCUUGCUGCAGCGUUGCCUCGACCCGGAGAAGACCCUGGGGCUGAUCGACGUGCUGUACACCGCCGUCUUCGACCUGUCCAAGUGGAAAGAGCGAAGGGAGCAGGUUCUGCCGAGCAUCCAGAUCCAGUUGCGGCGGGAGUGUGCCGAGUUUGGGAGCCCAGUGGAGCUGCCGGUGGGGAACGGGUCGAUGGCCAAGCCCUCGGCGGGCCUGCAGAGGACCUUUGCCAAGCUGACAUCACGCUUCACCAAGAGGGGCUCCUGCAGCAGCGGCAACGGCAACGGUGCCGGAUCUUUCUCCAUCCCCAGCAAUCCCUCCAAGAGCGGCUUCUCCCUGAUGGGCACCGAGGAGGAGCGGCGGGCAAAGCCGCCUCACGCCGACCAGCGGCUACAGAGCAUCCUCAACGUCGGGCACUUCCCCAAGGCUGCCGACGGCCAGGAUCCCAGCCGUGGCCACGGAAACCCCCUGGUCAACGGCUUCUCCCUCGACCAGAGGGAGGCGCUGCUCAAAGGCGAGGAGGGCAUCAAGCUGCCGAGCGACCAGGAGAUGCAGGACGUCAUCGACUUCCUCUCCGGCUUCACCAUGGGCAAGUCCCAGCAGGCGAGUCCGCAGGUCAGCCGCAAGAGCCCCGCCGGGGUCCUCGACCAGAAAGGGGGGGUCCUGCAGCAGGGGCCACCUGCACCCCACGGCCCGAUGCCCCCCUCCCAGCCCGUCCGACAACACCCCCAGAAACCUCCGCCCUACUACCAGCACCUCCUGCAACCCAUCGGGCAGCCGGCCCCCACCCCCUCCCUCCCCCACGCCCCCCGAGCCCCCGGCAAGUGGCCCAACAGCUCGCCCCAGCAGCGGGCACAGAGCCCGGGGCCCGGCCUCUCUCCCAUCGGGCCCCUGAGCCAGUGGAACAGUCCCGGGCCCCCCUCGGACCUGGGCUCGGACUUGUACAGCCUGGGUCUGGUGGGCAACUACAUGGACAGCAUCAUAGACAACGUGAUGUCCGACAUGCUGGCCCCCAAGGCACCCAACACCAGGAACAACACAUGGCCCAACCGCAUGCAGAGCGAUGGUGUCUUCGGCAUGCUGGCCGACGUCCUACCCUUCGAUCCUGCCGUGGGCUCGGACCCAGAGUUCGCCCGGUAUGUCGCUGGCGUGAGUCAGGCCAUGCAGCAGAAGCGGCAGGCACAGCAAAUGCGACGGCACAGCACUGCCAGGACCAACUGGCCCGUCAGCGACGAGCCACACAGGACGUGGCACCCCCCAGAGUACUUCACCGAGGGGGACGUCAUGAGCUGGUCAGGGACGCAGGGAGACUCUGCCAGCUCCAGCGACGAAGCUUCUUCUGCUAAUGGCGACAGUUUAUUCUCCAUGUUCUCAGGGCCUGACCUUGUUGCUGCUGUCAAACAGAGAAGAAAACACAGCAGUGGUGAUCGGGAAACUUCCACCCUCCCUUCUCCUCCCGUCUUAUCCACACUAGAUGAUCUUAGCCAGGACAACAAGACCAAGACGUGGCCUCCAAAGGCCCCGUGGCAACACUUGGCGUCCCACAGCAACACCAUGCCCAACCCGGGUACCUCGCUGUACCAGAUGACCAGCCCCCCGGGCCAGUGGAACGACUCGAUGCAGAUGCUGCCGUCCGCGGUGUGGUCUACCGUGGCUGACGGCUCCUCUUCCUCCGGCAUCUCCUCCAACUUCUCCUACGGCCAACAGCCGCCACAGUGCCAGCCGCCAGUGUCCCAGCACAAACCCGUGAGCAAGGGCUUCAAAUCCUACCCCCUGAAGCAGGAGAGAAGACCCUCCUAUCUCCACCAGUACUAGCUUCCCAGAAGUGACUUUAAACCCAGACCCCCACGACUGGCUGGAGCCAGGGUGGCCCCCCAACGACUGCGAGCUUUACCACUCGGUAUACGGUCAGCAGGUGUCUCUCUGUCCCAGCGCCUCGUUCAGCCGCCGGUGCUUUUGUCUUCUCGGUGUAGGAAGGAACUGCAGAUGCUGUUUUACACUGAAGAUAGACACAAUGUACUGGAGUAACUCAGCGGGUCCGGCAGCAUCUCUGGAGAAAAAGAACAGGUGACGUUUCGAGUCGAAACACCUCUUCAGACUGAGAGUCAGGGGAGAGGGAAACGAGGUAUGGAAAGGUACAGAACGGAUCAGAGCUGGUACGGAUGACCAAGAAAAGGUGGAGCCCACAACGGUCCAUUGUUGGAUGUGGAAGACUGUUGUUUGUAUCCCUUCAUUAUUACCUCUUCAGCCAACAAUGGACCGUUGUGGGCUCCACCUUUCCUGGGUCAUUGUUACCGGCUCCGAUUUGUUCUCGACCCGAAACGUUACCUAUCUACGUUCUCCAGGAACGCUGCCUGACCCACUGAGUUACUCCAGCACUCUGUCUAUCUCUCUGCUCUGCGAGCGCAGGUGGGUGGCGGCGGUGGCUGGUAGUUGUGCUGCGUUGGGGCAGCGAGGGACUCUGGCUAUCGGGGCGUCAGGGCGAGGUUCGGGAAGCUGCCCUUUCCCCCACUCCCUGCUCUGCUCCCUAUCCUGACCACGGUCAGAAGCGGCGCUGUUGUGUGGCGGGGCCCCCAGUACGAGUCACACCCCCUGGUGGCGAGGGAGCGGAGCGCAUUGUACAUGACCAUCAGACACUGAUCACUACAAACCCCGAGGGGUGGAGGGGGAGACACUUCAAGCAGCUGCAGUAGUUUCUUUUUAAAAACUUUAAAGCAAACUUUAAAGACCGUUAAAGCAAAAUGUAGCACCUCUAAUUGGCUUUGCCCUAAAGACCCCCAGGUCUUGUGUUGUCCCCGCUGUAGCACCUAGACACCAAAUUGGCCCCACGCUGGGACUGGAGAUAGACACAAAGUGCUGGAGUAACCCAGCAGGUCAGGCAGCAUCUCUGAGUUGGGUGGGGGAUCGGAAGGCAAAAUGAUUCUCGCACCCUCCCCUCCAUAAGCUGGGGUGACCAGGGAGUGGGGGCACUUGGGGCGGCGCUGCGACCCCUCCCUGCAGAGUUUGGGUUGUGGGUCAGGGCACGUUGCCGUGGGAGGGUCGGUCUGUGUGAUCUGUUGUCGGUACUGGUGUAAUGUUCUGAGUUUUAUCCACAUUCUUGAUUCUGACCCGCCCCUCCCACCUCGACUCUGGCUGGGUGCGAGGGAACCUCACUAAGCCCAGCUCCGCCUGGUGUCCCCGCCGAGCUCCGCCUGGAGCCCACUCUCCGUGUCCCCGCCCAGCUCCGCCUGGUGCCCACUCUCCGUGUCCCCGCCCAGCUCCGCCUGGUGCCCACUAUCCGUGUCCCCACCCAGCUCCGCCUGGUGCCCACUCUCCGUGUCCUCGCCCAGCUCCGCCUGGUGUCCACUCUCCGCGUCCCCACCCAGCUCCGCCUGGUGCCCACUCUCCGUGUCCUCGCCCAGCUCCGCCUGGUGCCCACUCUCCGCGUCCCCGCCCAGCUCCGCCUGGUGCCCACUCUCCAUGUCCCCACUCCCGUGUCCACUCCCACAGAGCCGCAAGCCGCAUUUGGUAGCAAAAACAAAAGUUAAACUAAAAACCAUUGUUAAAACGCGCGUUGCUCAAACUUUUAUAGCGAGAAUCAAGGAGAAACAGGGCAAGACAACUCGUCACCUGUGUAAAUUUUGUAAUACUUUUUUAUAAACUUGCCGGUGGUUGUACUGGAGUUGUAGGGAAGGGGUGGUGGGUAUUGAACCUGAUCUUUCCCCAGCUCCCCGCUGCCGGAGGGCGGGUGGUAGAGCGAGGCAGAGGGAGAGAGUAGUCGCCAGCGCGGAGCUCCCUGCGUUGCCCGCUGCAGCAACGGGCCUGGUGCCUUGCGUGGAGUUUGGAGUCUCCGCGCUGAGAGGAAGCAACACGCCCGAAUUGUCCGCUACCUUGUUUCAUAAACAGUGCCGGGAGUUCUCAUCCCCCUUCGUCUCACCCUCAGCCUCCCCCCUGAUCCCCCACUCCUCCUCCCCCGCCUGUCCCCAUCUCUCCCUCCUCACGCCUGUCCUGACCACACUGCGCGCUCCGUCUACAGAACCCACCCAUUCCCCCGGCUCUACCCCUACCUGCCAUCGCCCUGUGGGUCUGUCCGGAGCGCUUGUGGUGCGAGGUUCGGGCCCCGUCACCUCCUGAAGCUCAAAUUGACAAAUAACGAGACAUCUGAAGCGCUUGUAUGGUCCCGCCAGGAGGUGAUUAAUUGUCUGGGUUCAGACUCGGAGGAUCUGAAGUGAAAUUAGAAGCUGCUUAAGCCUUGUAUAUUGAAGCUAAAGAGAGAAUGUGGAAGUGAGAAUUGGUGCAGACUUUUAUAAUAUGUUUUAAAAACCCUACAUGCACUUUCUGCAAACCUGUCUCCAUUAUAAGUUUGUACGCCAACAUUUAUAAUGGGAGCGACCAUAGUGACCGUCAAUCUGUGUGCAAGCACACUGCCAACAGACUGACUAAUGCCGCGCAGUCAAACGCUUUGUGGAGGAAGGAACUGCAGAUUCUGGUUUACACCGAAGAUGGACAUAAAAUGCUGGAGUAACUCAGCGGGCCAGGCAGCUUCUCUGGACAAAAGGAAUAGGUGACCUUUCAGGUCAAGACAACUUCUUCAUUCCUCUUCUCCAGAGACGCUGCUUGACCGGUGGAGUUACUCCAGCGUUUUGUAUCUAUCUUCAGUCAAACGUUUUAAUUGGAAAGGUUGCUGUGAAUUUAUAAUGGAAGCGUAUAAAAUCAAGGACAAUGACUGUGAAAUGGGGCUCGGCUGUCAGAUCAGUAAACCCCAUCUCCCAAACCCUUUCGACAUGAAGGAUUAUACUGUCGCCAGUCCCGAUACACCUCUCAUCGAGCAGCCGCCACUGCAUUUCAUAUUUAGGACUUCAAGGUAUUUUCUGUUUUUAUAUAAAGCUUGUGUCUGCCACA